CGAUGUGACGCACCAAUCAUGUUGAAACAGUUUGACCUUCAAGUGCUCGCAACCUCCAUCAGUGGACGAUACCCCUUAAGCGUUGCCCGUUUGUGUUUUUAGUGCUGUAUACAAUAGUGGUCAAUUGACAAACUUACACGAUGAUUUCUUCUCGUUUUGGGAUAUGCCAGUCAGCUAUUACAAGAUGUCUGAAACAGCAUGCUUCGGCGUAUCACAAGAAUGUCAUAGAUCAUUAUGAGAACCCUCGUAAUGUAGGCUCAUUCGAUAAGAAAGACAUGUCUGUCGGUACUGGUUUGGUUGGUGCACCGGCCUGCGGAGAUGUUAUGAAGCUCCAAAUAAAGGUAGACGAAAAUGGGAAAAUAAUAGAUGCAAAAUUUAAAACAUUUGGUUGUGGUUCCGCAAUUGCAUCCAGUUCACUGGCAACUGAAUGGGUUAAAGGCAAAACAAUUGAUGAAGCUUCAAAAAUAAAAAAUAGUGAUAUUGCCAAAGAACUAAAACUUCCACCCGUCAAAUUGCACUGUUCUAUAUUUGUUAAUCUAUUCUAAAUGUUUACAGAACAUAGAAAUAAGUAGCACAACCUAAGUAAAUUUUAUGAAUGCAAGUACUUGAAUUGUUAGCUCGAAUCUCUAUAGCUUGUGGUAUGUGUAAAAAGUGAGGACAGAGUAAACUUUGCAUCACUUUGGGUUUAUCAUAACAAUACUUGUUCUUUGAAGUUAAAUUUCUAUCUUUCCAUUCUAAGAAAAUUCAAAAAUGGUACAUUAUCGCUAAAUUAUCAAAAAAUGUUUCUAUUGUUCAAGGCUAAUUAAGUUUCAAAGUUGAUGAAAUCUUCAUUACUCACUAAAUUCGAGUUCUGUAAAUCUUCAUCAACUUAGGUAGCUUUGAUUUAUUAAAAAGAUGUCUAUUGGCCGUCUAUUUCAACGCAUAAUGUUGAUUGGGAUAUGAGUAGCUUUAGAAGAUUGAAAACUGACAAACCAAAACUUGGCAUCAGUUUAUGAAACAAUCGAUUGCCUAUUUGAUCAGUGUAGGGUAGCUGUAAGCUAUAGUUCAAGUUGACAUGGUUGAAAAGCGAUCUUGGUAGUUCAUAUAUAUAUUGUCUACAUAUUCUUACUUCGCUAUAUUUUUAAAAUUGUCCUUGGUUCGAGUUUUUUCUGUUAUUUUUGUGUUUGACAUUUAGUGCUUGCUGAAGAUGCUAUCCAGGCCGCUAUUAAAGAUUACAAGAAAAAGUCUACUUGAGUAUUACUUUAUAUACACACAUCAAUCCCAAUCAUAUUCAACGUCAUAAUUUCUCAUUUCACUUGGAUAGAUAUUAUUGUAAAUCAUAAGCACUAUAUUGAAAGUAAUUUUGUUAUCUAACAAAUUUAACUAUUGAUACAGCGAUGCUCUCAUAAAAAUAAAAUUUAUUUUCAUCUACUAA